UCAGAUGUUAAUCCCAUUCAACUAAAAAUAACUACUUUGAAUGUUCUUCAUCUGGAGUUAACACAAUAACUUAUUUGUGUCUAAUUUGCGUGUCAUCCCCCUCCUACUUCUUUUUUCCCCCCUCUGUUAGUUCAAUGCUUGCAUUGUAGCAGAUGUGAGGACUUUGUUCAGGAUCUGAAUCCGUGUCAGCAAUGUCGCACCCUCUUCCUUCUCUUCUGGAGGCCUGUGUCGUGGUCGGAGCGUCCAGUGAAAAACUACAGGACUUCUGCCAGGCUGUGAACUUUCACGGAAGUCUGGAGCACGACGUUUUGGAGCCGGAGGUCCUGCAUGUGCUGGCGCCUCCCUUUGUCUGCCGGCCGGAAGCUGAGAGUGAAGCGGUGAGAUCACAUGCGAGGAAGCAUCACUCCUUGCUGAGGAAGAAGAGGAAGCAAUCUUCUGCAUCCACCACAUCUAGCCAAGGCCGUCACAACUGCGCAGGUGAAGCUGCAGCCAGCGGAAGAAAAGGCAGUGAUGAUAUGACUGUUCCCAAAGACAUCGACCUCACUGCAUUGCCUCAACUGUGCUUUCCCGGCGGGCUCAGAGUGACCAACGUAAAGUCAGAAGAACAGUUUCACUUCCUGGUUUUCACUGAUGUCUUUGGCAACAAGUCCCAUGGAGUCGUCAUGCAGUGUUCUCGUCCCAUUCAGGAGUGGACGUCCCCCUGUCAGAGUGGAGCUGCCUCCAAACUGUUCUGUGACUACAGUUUCUGUGUGAUAUCCAAACAUCCAUACUUGACUGCACUAAAAGACUGUCUGUCAAUUCUUCUUAUAGAGCUCACAGCUUGUCAUUUUUCGGACGUUAAGGAGAAGGUGAAGGAGUUUGCAGCCAAAUUGGCACUGGUACCCAUCCCUCCUCCUGGGCAACUCCAUUUGAUGUUUACCUUGCACUCACUGACCAUCGAAUUGACAUCCAGAGAAGAUGAAGAUUCCCCAGCUGUAGAUUUAGACCUUCAUCUGCCUUUUGUCUGCUUCCGUCCACAUCGUCUCCUGCAGGUGUUAUCUUGCCUCCUCCAGGAGCAAAGGGUGGUGCUCUUUUCUGCCAGCUGGGCCCGACUGACACUGGUGGCAGAAAGCUUGCUGAUUUUUCUGCACCCUCUCUCAUGGCAGCAUCCUUACGUCCCCGUCCUGGCCAGAGGCAUGCUGGACUUCCUCAUGGCACCGACAGCCUUCCUCAUGGGCUGCCACCUCUGCCAUUUCGAAGAAGUUGCCGCGGAAACAGAUGAUCUGAUCCUCAUCAACAUUGAUAAUGGAAGCGUGUCGACUUCUUGUUCGGAAACUGUUGACCUACCAGAGAUCCCAACGUUUGCAGCAGAAUGUUUCACACAGAGGUGUCGGUCUCUGCAGAUGCAUUUUGACUUGGACCAGUGCGAGCGUGCAAACUGCAUUGACAUCGAGGGUCAGCGCGGCCAGAGACGAGCGUGGCAGCGCAAUCUAAACCGUGACAUCCAGACCAUUACAACUGAACUCAUUGUCAACAUAUUCAGAAAUGUCAGCAGCCACUUGAACUACGAACACCGAGUGUUUAACAGUGAAGAGUUCCUGAGAAGCAGAGAACCAGCAGAACAACUUUUCUACAAGAAUGUUUUGCAGACACACAUCUUCCAUUCUUUCCUCAGGGAUCGUCUCAACAGGAAGAUGGACAACUUUGCUCGCAUGGAACUCAACACUCAAUCAGGGAUGCAAAAGAUGAAGGCAUCAGUGGAAAACCCCCGCAGGCCCACCAUGCAGGAGAUUCAAGUCCGGAGAAAGAGCUCCCUCGCUGAGAACAAGCUGAUUAAGAGACAAACAAUGAGCCUUCCCAACCUAGGAGAUCAAGACCAAUCUAUGAGCUUUCAAAGAAAUUCACUGCCAACCAAAAUCAUAUUGUGCGAACAUGCCCGAAGGAUGCCUCCGAAGUCUGUGACGAUAUUCAAGCUUCCAGAAUUCCCAGACUGUCUCUCCUUCCAUGCUGUCCAAAGUUAUUACAGUGAGCUGAUCCAGCUUCUUGGCAAGGCGAUUGACUCGGUCCAAAAUGACAACUCUGCUCUACUAGCCAGAUACUACUACUUGCGUGGCUUCGCCAAUCUGCUGUGCUUGCGUCGCCUCAAUGCUCUGGGUGACUUUCAAACGCUCCACAAGACGGACACUUCCAUCUUCCCCACGCAAGUGGUCACAUGGCUGGUGAACUCGCUCAUACAGGAAGAACAGCAGCAAGCCAACAGAAGGCCUGAACUCAGACGACUCAUCCUCAAGGUUAAGACGCAAAACGAGAAGCCGUCGGUGGAGCUCAACGACGAUGUCAAGAAGUUUGAGCUUCCCCGCCGACCGCUGGAUCGAGAGGAGUUUGUGCGUUGCAUCCAAGAGGGCGGGAUCGUUAAAGACGUGGCGACCAUUCAUCGCUUAUUUGACGCUCUCACCGGUGAUGAGUCAGAGCAAGUGGACGCCGAGCUCUUCAAAGGCUUCUACACCUUCUGGAAAGAGAGUGAAGCAGAGGCUCAAGACGUCAACCUCCCCACAGAGGUCAUCGAGCAGCUGGAUCACACCGAGUGCAUCUACAAGUUGUCGUCCUGUGUCAAGACCUCUCACGGCGUGGGUAAAAUCGCCAUGACCCAGAAACGUCUCUUCUUGCUCCCAGAGGGUCAGCCUGGCUUCCUGGAAAUCACGAUGUUCCGAGACAUCCAGGAGGUGAAGAUAGCUUCGGCUCCUUUUCUCCUGGUGCGCAUUCCUUCUCUGCGUAUUCGGACUUCCAGCAGGCUCGAGGCAUUUGAGGCCAACCUAAAGGCGGAAACUGAUCUUUGGAAUCUUGUGAUCAGAGAGAUGUGGGCCGGGCGCAAGAUGGCCGACCAACAUAAGUACCCUCAGUACAUGACUCAGGCUCUGACUAAUGUACUGCUGAUGGAGGCCGUGGUGGGCUGUCUGCAGACCCAAAGGUCAAUCUGUGCUGCCACAAAGCUUGCCUAUUUUGACAAGGUCAAGCAUGAAGUGCCCAUGAUGGUGCCUAAAACUACCUCUGAGACGCUAAAACACAAAAUGAACCCAUCAUUGGACCUCGCAGAGCCACAGACUGUCCACAUUCUGCUCUACACUCCAGGGCAGUUGACAUGCGGUGACUCCAAGGAUGAGACGAAUCCCAAACUGUGGGUGGCUCUCAGCGGGGGCAGAGUGGUUGUAUUCGAUGCUGCGAGCUGGUCCAUGCUUCAGGCUUCGAUCCAUCUUGGAGAGUCAAAACUGAACUGCAUGCUGGGAUUGGUCCACAACCAGGUGUGGAUAGGCUCCCAGGACUCGGUCAUCUACAUUAUUGAUGCUCACAACCUGUCCUGCAACAAACAGCUAACCGACCACAGACACGAGGUUACUGGACUCGCACUGGAUGUAGGAGAACAACACAGCAGUUCUGACAUGUACUCAUGCAGCAAUGAUGGGACAAUACUGCAGUGGGAUUCAUCCAACCUGAAGAUGAAGCGACAUUUUAACAUCAGCUGCAAGCAUCUCUCCUCAAUACAGAUCCAUGGCGAUACACUGUGGUGCUGCUGCGGUGACACCAUUGUGGAGCUAAAAAAGAGCGGAAUGCCACAAAGAAGGCUGGCGCUGCCAGGGCACCUUCGAGGCCCAACAAGUAGAUUCACCGACUUUAUUGUCAUCCCAGAGCGAGGUGAGCUCUGGACAGGAUUGGCAGACUCCGGUGAGCUCUAUGUGUGGCACGCUGACGGCCAUAAAGCUGCUUUCAAGAAGAUCUCCCUGACAGGCUGCUCUGGGGUCAGCUGCAUGAUCCGAGUCAAGGACCAGAUCUGGGUCGGCUGCUGUGCAGAGAGUGGUGUGGGAGGUCAUUGUGAUGGUCAGCUGAGAGGCCAGUUAAUGGUGGUGCAUCCAGAGACUCUGACAGUGGCAAAGGAGCUGCAGGCCCAUUCAGACAGCAUCAAGACACUCUGCUCUGCUGAGGACCGCUACGUCCUGAGUGGAUCCGCGCAGCGUGAUGGCAAAAUAGCCAUAUGGAAAGUAGAGUAGGACACAAACUGUAGAAUGAAGGGAAUGAGUGAGAAAUUUGAGGAUGCAGCAGACACAACAGCUUACAUUUUUUUGUCCCUUUUGCUGAUGACAAUUCAAGCGUUCCAUUUUUUUUAUGUUGAAUGAUAAAGUUGAAACUACCCUGAAAUGUGUUUGACUAUAAAUGCCUUGAAGGUACAAUAUACAAGAACUCUAAAUUGGUGUUAUGAAGUGAAAAUGUGUCGAUGCUUUUUGGAACCUUCACUUUUUUUCCUUCCAAAUAUUGUGCUCGUUCCUUCAAAAGUUCCUCUUUCAAAGAUUCCAAGAUAUUUCCUGAUCGAAUUAUGGAUGAAUAAAUGACAGAAUUUUGCA